AUGGCCAAGCUUUCAUACAUAAAGUCAUGCAUAUAAACCUUUCUAGGGAGAGAAUAAUUGAAUAUAUUUCACAAAUCUAGGGACUCUCUCUCACUCUAAAAACUAAGAUGGGUUUGAGGGAUAAGUGCAAUGUAGAAGACAAGAAUUUAUAUCUUCAAACCCCAACUUUCAUUGAAUGGCUCAAACCAUCUUCAUCACUCUCAUCUUCUCCUUCAUCAUCUUUAACUCAUCAACAAGAAAUAUCUCAAGAAACUUUUCAAUUUUUACCUAUCUAUAGUGGAAUUAAAUCCUUUGAGGAAAACCAUGGGAUGCAAAAAGAAGAUUUAGAAGUAAAAGAAGAGAAAGUGGAACAUGUGACUGUGGCUUUGCACAUUGGAUUGCCUAACAUAGGAGGAGGUGAAACUAAUAAUCAUGAUGAAAAGAAUAAGCUUUUUGAUGAGAAGAAUAAAGUUAAUAAGGAAGAAGAAUUAAAGAAAAACUUGCAUGGUUUUUGUUUUAAGGAAGAAAAAAGGUUUUGGAUACCAACUCCAGCUCAGAUCCUUGUUGGACCUAUGCAAUUUGCUUGUUCCAUAUGCAACAAGACUUUCAAUAGAUACAACAAUAUGCAGAUGCAUAUGUGGGGACAUGGAUCCGAAUUCCGGAAAGGACCGGACUCACUUAAAGGAACACAACCAGCAGCAAUGUUAAGACUACCAUGUUAUUGUUGUGCUAAUGGUUGCAAGAACAACAUCAAUCAUCCAAGAGCAAAACCAUUGAAAGACUUUAGAACUCUCCAAACUCAUUACAAAAGAAAGCAUGGAACAAAACCAUUUAUUUGCAGAAAAUGUUCUAAAGCAUUUGCUGUUAAAGGUGAUUGGAGAACUCAUGAGAAAAAUUGUGGAAAGUUUUGGUAUUGCACUUGUGGUUCUGAUUUUAAACACAAAAGAUCUCUUAAAGAUCAUGUCAGAUCCUUCGGAAAAGGUCACUCCCCAAAUCCUUCUCUUGAAGGGUUCGAAGAUGAGAAAGAAUGCAGCAAUACCGGAUCUGAUGAUGAUGAAGUUGCUCAUGCAUGAUCAUGGUUUUAAAUUGCGGUUGUGAUACUGUUGCAGAGACUUCUAAAAAAUUUAUACUGCGUCCGCAAUUGCGAUUGCAACCACAAUUUAAAUAAUGUGCAUGAUCAUGCAUGGUCUAAUUAACAUAAGAGGUAUGGACUUUGGAAGAGUUUAAUUAAUUUGCUUUGUGGUUAUAGCUAAAUAUUAGAUAUUAAAUAAGAUGGUGGAUUAUCUCAAGUGAUGAAGCAUAUGAAUUUUUUUUCUAAAAAAGAGUUGCAUCAUAUGUUUAAUUUUUUGUAACCUUUUCAAUGGAGAAAAUUUAUCUGCUUCAUUACUAAAUGGUAAUCCCCAUUGCAAAUUGAGUACUAGUUAGACUGUUGUUAUUAUAAGAUUUGUUGACACUUUAAUUUGAUAGUAAUAAUUAUUUGUUAUUAGUAAUA